AUGCUCCCGGUCCACGUCGAAGCGGAGCGGCCAUCCUACGCGGCCGCUCCCUCGGUGUCGGAGUACGCGCGGCGGAUGCUGCACUACGCGCAGAUGGACAUCGACUACACGCUGGCGCAGAUGAUCUACCUGUGCAUCUCGGUUUACCAGCUCACAUCGUACAGGAAGCAGACCAAGAACCAGUGGGCCAGAGACGACCCCGCGUUCGUCGUCGUGCUGGUGUUGUUCCUGACGGUGGCGGCCGUUUCGUACGGGAUGGCGCUGCAGACGAGCUGCAUGGGCUUUCUCAGGAUUUGGGGCCGAUUCGUGGGCAUCCAGUUUCUUCUCUCUGGGGCCGUGAUAUCGACAACAUGCUGGUUCGUCUCGAACAAGUACUUGCGAGUGCAGUCCUUCCAUGGGGUCGAGCAGCGCCUGGAGUGGAUGUACGCGUUCGACAUCCACUGCAACUCCUUUUUCCCCCUCUUCCUGGUCCUGUAUGUGGCGCACUACUUCCUGCUCCCCUUUCUGGUCGGGCCGACUCUGCUACCGGCCCUCCUCAGCAACGUGUUGUACGCCACAGCCAUCUGCUAUUAUGCGUACAUCACCUCGCUGGGGUACAGCACGCUGCCAUUCCUGGAGCGCACGGAGCUUUUUCUAUCGAAGAC